AUGAACAAGUCAACUUCCGCCUCCUUCGGUCAACAGAUCUCCCCAUCAAGUCAUCUGUCCGUUGUCAUACCCGUGAAACCAAUCCAGGGCGAUCGUGGUGGAGCGAAACGAAGAAAGUUAAAUGCGGACGGGGAAGACAACCUUUCUACAAUCCGUAUGAAGGACCAAAAGGAGGAGGCGGAUGCUGCUUUGGUGAAGCUACAGGAUCUGCUCCAUGAGGUAUUCGAAACCGAGGACCAACUUGAACCAGACAUGCCAUCCGACGCUGCAGCUGAACGGUCAAACGGAAUCUUUUCACUCCCUCGGGGGUUGGAAAUUAGCGGGCUUGUUCUGUCUUCUGAUGCUCACGGUCGCCUCCAGAAGGCUAUAAAGAAGGUGGUGGGGUUCAACCGGCUCCAAGAUAUCCCUUCGGACUAUCUGAACAGGGUUCAAAAGAUCUGUGAGAAAGUUAUAGUCGCUGCCCAGUCCCCUGAUCUGAGGCUGGACGACCCUUCCAACGAAACCGACGCCGUGACUUGGCUAAGAAAAUUGGACGAUGUGCACAAUGCCCUCCUUGCAAUCGGGACAUUGUUGCAGACAAUGUCUGGUUCACAGACAGAGCGGGACCUUUGCCCAGAGGACUUGAUUGAGGCUAUUCCAACAGUUUUGAAUCUGGUUUUUGACAACUGCAUCAUCCCAGCGGUUGAGGCUCGUCCUGGUGGCAAGGAUGGCAAACACUUUGAAUUCUUCUCUGCCCAAAGACGCGUUAUAAGUGGAUUGAUACAGCAGAGUAAGAAGGUACUCGCCAGUUUUGCCGCUUUCCUAGCUCGGAUUGAUGUAUCAGAGGGAACGGUGACAGCGACAGAGUUUUUUGCAGCAAAGCUCAUAUUCGUGGAGAAUUCCCACACAGAGAAGGAUUCUGCCGUGGGGCCCCAGAAGUAUGAGUCUGUCCGACGAGGGGCCAUGGAUGUCCUUGCAAAAAUAUUUUCCAAGUAUCCUGACCAGCGACCUUUCAUACUCGAUGAGAUUCUGGUCUCACUAGAGAAGCUUCCGUCUACGCGGCAAAGUGCCCGGCAGUUCAAACUUGCCGAUGGUAAAAAUAUCCAGCUUCUAACGGCUUUGGUGAUGCAACUUGUGCAAACGACCGCAUUGGAUGUCCCUACUUCCAGAUCAUCAAAGACAAAACGCAAGCUGCGCGCAGGCGAUGACGAUGAGUCCCCUGGUAGUGACAAUGGCGGCGACGAAGAUGAAUAUGAGAUGUCUCUGGAGCAGCUGGCGACUAAAGUGAAUCGGCUAUACGACAAUGCCGUGCGCAGUGCUCAGUACAUCGUUAAAUUCAUAGUCCAGCGCGCGAUGACAUCCACAAAGACCGGCGACCAGCCAUACCGCAAUAUUCUUGACCUCUUUACCGAAGAUCUAAUCAGUGUGCUCGGCUCAACGGACUGGCCAGCGGCAGAAUUGCUCCUUCGUAUAAUGGCAUCUCACAUGGUCGGUAUAGCAGACCUGGACAAGAGCCCUGCCACGGCGAAAAGCAUGGCGCUUGAGCUCCUAGGCUGGAUGGGCUCUGCUAUUUCCGAUCUUAUUGCGACAGCACAGCAUCUACUCCCAGCCAUGGAAGAAUCCGGUAGCGAUCUUACGGAUCACCUGAGACAACUGUUUGAUGACUAUUCGAGCCGUGCUCUGCAUCCUCAAGAUCUGGUUGUUCCCGAAGGGCCGUACCGCAUGACUCUAGAGUACUUCCUCCAGGAUCGCAGCAUCGAUAAUUGGCAACUGAGUAGCGCUCGAGGUUAUUACCUAGCACAAUGGGCGAAAACUUUUUGUUCCGUCUAUUAUAAUCCAGAAGACAGGCAAGAGGCCGCCUACGAUGAUACGGCGGAAGAUUUGGUCGAUAUUCUUGCAAAGCUCUUCUCUGACCCAACGUGGUUGGAGACUCAUAGGCGUUUUGACAAGAUCUCCACCGCACAUGGACGAUUCGCGUACAUCCUGACAGUUCUGAACUCCAGCUUUUGCAAAGCUUUUGACACCAUUCUGAAAGUCUUGCUCAACUCGAUUGCAAGUGACCAAGCCAAAGUACGCAGUCGCAGUUUGAAGAGUGUCAUCUACAUGCUUGAGAAGGAUCCCAGCCUUCUUGACCGAGAUGCAUCAGUCAUGCGUGUCAUUCUACGAUGUGCAACAGAUGCUUCACCCAUGGUGCGAGACUCAGCGCUGUCGCUGAUCGCAAAAUGUAUCGUUUUGAAACCUAAGCUCGAAGAAGAAGGGUGUCGCAGUAUCCUUACCUGUGCUGCUGAUCCAACAGCCGGUGUACGGAAACGAUGCAUUGGCUUACUCAAAGAUAUCUAUCUCAAGACUUCGCGAACCGAGUUAAAGCUAGCAAUCUUGGAUAGCUUCCUCCAGCGGUCUGGGGAUCUCGAAGAGAGUGUAUCCUCGCUGGCACGCCAGACCAUCGAAGAAAUCUGGAUGGCUCCUUUCUACGAGCUGGUUGAUUCCACCCAGGACGUCCCCAAGUUGAAGGUCGGCUUGGGAGAGCAAGUAAUUCUGAUGGUGAACUUGGUGCAGCGUAGCGAAACGGCGCUUGAUACACUCGGCGAAAGUCUGAGGAAACUCCUUGCGGAGAACCUCAAGACAUCCGCCUCCAAUUAUAAGGUGUGCAGAACUAUGGUCUCGACAAUGUUCGAGAAAUUGGUGGAGGACAGCGAUUCUUCAGGCAAAGAGUUCCAACAGGCGCUCCUGCAGACAAUCACCGUGUUUGCAAAGGCAAAUGCUAAGCUUUUUCGCCCUGACCAGUUGGAGACAUUACACCCUUACAUCGGGCACCUGGCAACUGCAGAAGACCUCUUCUUGUUCCGGUCUGUGGUGGUGAUCUACCGAUGCGUCUUGCCUUUUCUCUCUUCCGCCCAUAACACCUUAUUGAAGGAAGUGCAAAACGACCUUUUUAAAAGUGUUGCCAAACUCGCCCGUUCGGAAUUGAAUGAAGUGAUGGCCUGCUUGUGGACAAUCAAUGGUGUUUUGCAUAAUACCGACAGACUCGUCAAGCUCACGAUCUCGGUGCUGAAGCCAAUCCAACACUACAAAAACAUCAACUUAUCGGACAGCAGCAACGCGGCCGUUUUAGCAAGGGCCAAAAGUUACAUUCGCAUUGCGGGCUGCGUUGGCCGGCACUGUGACCUUGAGAAAUAUGAACCGCACUUCAAAAAUGCUUUUUCGUCCUGGAACGGCGGGUCGGUUGCUGGUCUGAUGGUUGAUUCUAUCAUACCCUUCACACUCGCAAAACAGCCCCUCGAGCUAAGGGUCAUGGCUUUGGAAAGCUUAGGUUCUAUCUGUCAGUCCUGGCCCGCCCAGUUUUGUCGCGAGGCACCGAGGCAAGUUUUGUCCAUGGUUUUCAAGGAGGACAAUCCUAGCCUCCAGAAUAUCGUCCUCAAAGCGUUUGCGGAUUUCUUUGCCAUGCACGAAGGCAGAGCCGAAAAGUCAGUUCUACCUUCCGCUGAGAUCAAGGAACAGGAAAACACAACAAGAUUAGGAGGAUCGUUGAAAGCCAGUGACAACGAUGGCGCUGCAGCAUUAAUUGCCCAACAUUUCCUGAAGAAUAUGCUCCGUGUUGCACAGUCACGGCAGGACUCGUAUGCUCUUACAGCCAUUGAGCUGAUUGCAAGCAUCAACCGUCAGGGUCUCGUCCACCCGAAGGAAUGUGCUGGGGUUCUAGUUUCUUUGGAGACGUCGACAGUCCCUGCGAUUGCCAAGGUUGCAUUUGACACGCACAAGAUGCUUCACCAGCAGUACGAAUCGAUGUUUGAGAGAGAGUACAUGCGCGCCGUUCAGGAAGCGUUCUAUUAUCAACGCGACGUGGUUGGCGAUUCCACUGGUGCUCAGAGUCGGCCUUACGUUGCCAAAUUAGCACCGCUAUUCGAGAUCAUCAAAAUCAGCAACAGCCGCUACCAGAAGAAGUUCCUCGCAAAUCUGUGUGGAAAAGUCAAUUUUGAACUCAAGGACCUCGAUACUACUGGCAGCCCCCCGGAGCACCUUCUGCUUGCGCGUUUCGUGUCGCAAAACCUGGCCUUUUUCGAUUAUGCGCAGUUUGCGGAACUCGUACCGACUAUCGGGUGUAUGGAACGGAUUGUUUCAUCUACCGGCACCAUCGUUGCCCAUUCCAUUGAGACAGAAAUUUUCCCUCCCCGGGCAACACCGCCCCCACCGCCUCCUCAGGUAGAAGGGAUGCCCAUGGCCCCGGUUGGAGCACCAGAAGUGGCGCCUCCCCCACACCCAGUCAGUCCUGGAACACUGCGACAUCUGGCAACGGCGGCGGCCGCACUCUCGAUGCUUUGGGAGGCGCGGACACACCUCCGCCGACAGUACGGAGUUGCCUCGCAUGCUCGAAAGGAGGGCAAGGUCUCGGCCAAAGAACUCAACAAGUCUGCGACGAAGGUCCAUGGGAUAACUGGAGAUAGAUUCUGGGACGCUGUAUCUCGCAACAUGGCGUCGUUGGACAGCGAAGAGAACAUGCUGGCCAAGUGUCGGGAAUUUGCCACCUUACUUGCUAUUGAUGAUGAAUUCAAAGUUGGUGAGGAUGAGGAUGUCGACGGAGACAGCUUUGAUGCAGUGACCGACAUGGAUGAUUCCGGUCUUGUCGGCGGACCGCCACGACCGGCGAAGCGAAAGAACUCUCUGUCCGGGCAGAAUCCUCCCAAGAAGCGAGGCAGAAAGCCUGGGCCUGGCAAGAAGAGAGCUAGCACGGAACCCGACGAUGAGUCCGACUUCUAG